UCUAUGGGUUCUUGCGCGAACGCUACCUGUGCGGGAGCUUAAUAGUUAUGAGCUAGAGUACGAGGUAAAGGAUAGUAAUGGGAAGAUGUUUUUGACGAACUUGAUUGCCAAAACUUGUACUUGCAAGGUGUGGGAUUAUGAAAAGAUUCCUUGUCUGCACGGACUGGCUGCUUACAUCUAUUACACUAAUCAGGUGGAUAGUGGGGGUGGUAGGAGCCGUGAUAUCAACAUAGUAUAUCAUGAGUUGUGCUCAAAAUACUAUUGGACGGAACUGUGGUCAUUGGCGUAUUGGAGGACAAUUUAUGCUGUGCCAGACAUGUCUGUAUGGGAAGUCCCGGAUCACAUCAGGGAGCUGAAGAUCAUACCUCCGGAUCCUAUCAAGCGUAAGGGAAGGAAAAGAGUUAAUAGACUUCCAUCUGGUGGAGAACGCCGUAGGAGGACACAAAACAAAAAGCGGCCUAGGCAAAAUUUUGGUUUCAAUUGGCUGUUAUUUGGAAAUGGUUCAAGCACUUCAGAGCAGAACACGGCCUAACCACGAUUGGUUUCAAUUGGCUGUUAUUUGGAAAUGGUUAUUUGUAUGUUUUUGGAAAACUCUGGAAAACUAUUUUAUCUUCUUUGUAAAACUGCAUUGUCUUUCGAGUGUGACAUUAUUAUUAUUAUGACAUUUACUAUUAUGAUUACUCUAGUCUAACUAAUAAUUCAAUUAAACAUAUUUUUUUCAAAACGUUUUUCAAAAAUUAUGAAAACUCUUACUAUCUCCAUAAUAAGCCUUAUAGUUUCACUCACACUUUGUGAAUGAAGAACAUGUCACAAAAGAGAUUAUCAGAUAAUGUUUGUUUCCCAAAUAUUUGUGCAGUGAACAAGAUAAAUAUCAUGUUCAAGUACUAAAAUCGAAAGUAAAACAAGAAAACCAAACUGAAAGCAUUGGUAACACUGAAUAAAUUAUAAACCACAGAAAGUACAACUAUGAGCAAAUCUCGUAAAACUAGUAUCUUAUGUAAAACUAAGAAAAAAUUUCGGGGAGGGAAAUGAAAUUACAUUGGCGCCAAAACAUAUGAGGGAAAAUAAUUAUUUUAAUUAUUUUAACUAUUUUCAUUAUUUUUCUCUAUGUCACGUCCCAUCUCUCUGUCUCCACUCCAUCUCUUUAUUGAUCCCAUCGAUCCAUCUCUCUCUCUCCACUCCCCCACUCCAUCCCUCAUUCCUCUCUCUCGAUCUCUUUCGGUUUCUCCCAUUUCUCUCUGACAGUAAGAACUGAAGCAUGACUCAUCCCGAAGAGGAGUACAGUCACAUGAAGGCCUUGAAGAGACACAACGACAUGCUUGGUUUCGUGGCUGAUGCGGAGUACGGCGUCCCGACCAAGUGCCCGUGUGGUGGAGGUAUCAUUCCUGAGGUAUCUCCCUGUAACAAGUUUCCCAAUGAUUUUGAUACGCAACCUGGAAGGAGGUACUUCACCUGCAAAAACUUUGAGAAUAAUGGUCUCCACUUUCGUACGCCGUGGGUGUUCGCGAUUCAGGACGAAGUUACAAAGUUAGUACACCGUGUCGAAGAGAUGGCUGAGGAGAUUGAUCGCCUCAAGUCUCAGCUUUACCAACUUCACCGUCCAUGAUCCCAUCUUGUUGCUCUAAGUUGUUGUUGUUCUAAGUUGUUCUUGGGGAUGUUGUUGUUGUUGUUCUACGUCGUAUGAUGGUACUUUGAUCUAUGUUGCUACUUUCUUUCUCUAUGUGUGUGUCUUAUGACUUAAACUAUCUAUCUAAUGUUUAUGUGUUUUGUGGUUUACUUCUC